AAAAUAAUGCGAUCCAUGGCCGGUGGAAAUAACAUGACAGAUAUAAUGGUUUCCUCACGUCUAAUCCUUUCUCCCAUCAUGUUACUUAUCAUCAUCAUUAGUAGCACCGUUCAAGCGGCCACCCUUGCUCAGCCGCAGCCGGCGGCUGAUCUGCUAAAUCACUUCUGUUCAAACGACAAAGGUAACUACACCACGACCGACUCCUAUAGCACAAACCUUAACCACCUUCUCUCAUCCCUUCCCUCUACCAAGGGCAACGACUUUGGCUUUUACAAUUCCUCCUAUGGCGGAAAUACAUCAUCCGAGGCAAUAUAUGCAAUCGGACUGUGUAAAGGAGAUAUUGGAACCACAAGCGACUGCCUUCAAUGCCUCAAUGCAUCUAGAAGUGCUCUCAUGGAGCUAUGUCCCAAUCAGAAGGAGGCCAUUAUUUGGUACGACAACUGCAUGCUGCGCUACUCAAACCGCUCCAUAUAUGGUGUCAUGGAAACGCAGCCAACUUUUGAUAUGUGGAGCACACAAAGCGUACCAUCAUCCAAAUUUGAUAUGUUUUUUCGCAAUCUCACCAUCCUACUCGAAAGAUUAGGAAUUCAAGCUGCAGCAGAUGGUUCUCUGAAGUUUGCGAAAGAUAACGCAACCAUUCUCAACUAUGGUAACGGCGGACUGUCAUCCUUAACGGCACUUGUAGAGUGCACUCCUGAUUUGUCCGAGUUACAGUGCAGGACUUGCUUGCUCGGGGCUUUUGAAGAAUUCCCGGAAUGUUGUGAUGGAAAGGAGGGUGGGCGAGUUCUUAGACCCAGCUGUAACUUCAACUAUCAGCUGGACCAGGUUGACCGGACCAAGACCACAAUUCCCGAGUCAGGAUCUCCAAGUCAAAGCCCGGGUAUAGCUCCAAGUCAAAGCCCGUGGAAUUCUUCCCCUAUCCCUCGAGAAUUACCUGAUAAGCCUGACAAAAUUCACCCUAAGAGCCGUGCAAGACGUGCUGCUGCUAGCAACCAUAGAAUAGCCCGUAUCGUUAUACCAUUUGCAGUUGUUGUUUCUAUUGGACUAAUGAUAUCCGUAGGCAUUUACAUGAAAGUAGAGAAGAGAAGGCCACAACCUAUCCCAGGGAUGCAACCUAAUAGUUUUGAGACAAUGGGAUCCUUGCAAUUCGACUGUGGCGACAUUCGAGUUGCCACAAAUAACUUUUCUGAAGCAAAUAAACUUGGAGAUGAUGAAUAUGGCACUGUUUACAGGGGUAGUCUUUCCAACGACAAAAGCAUAGCAGUGAGGAGGCUUUCAAUAAACUAUGUGAAAGAGUAUAUGGAAAUUAAGAAAGAGGUUUUGUUAAUGGCGCCCAAGCUUCAACAUCCAAAUCUAGUUGAGCUCCUAGGGUGUGCCUUGGAAGAAAAUUCUGAAAGGCUUCUUGUCUACGAGCAUUUCCCUAACGCAACUCUUGAUCGCAUCAUAUUUGACCGAAUGCAGAGCAGACAAUGGGAUUGGGAGAUGCGGUACAACAUCAUAGUGAGCAUUGCACGGGGACUCCUUCACCUUCAUGACAGUCACUUUGUUCAUGGCGAUAUCAACGCUAGUAACAUUUUGAUAGAUGCAGAAAUGAAUCCCAAAAUUUCAAAUUUUGGCAUGGCAAGAUUCUUUGCGGCUGAUCAAACACAAGGCAACAUUAAUGGAAUUCAUCUGCUGAAUCUGAUGUCUAGCACAUACAUGGCUCCAGAAGCAAUUGUUGGACAUUCAUCUGCAGAAUCUGAUGUCUACAGUUUUGGUGCGUUAGUCGUGGAGAUAGUAAGUGGACAAGAAAUUAGUAGUUUGGCUUCCGAAAAGCUAAAUGAUAAGGAUCUUCUGAGAUUUGCAUGGAAGAAUUGGGCAGAAGGGACAAUUAGAAAUCUAAUAGACCCAACGUUGUGGACUGGUUCAGGAAUUGAAGUAAUGGAGAGAUGCAUCAGAAUCGGAUUAUUGUGUAUGCAGAGGACUAGAACCGAUAGGCCAACCAUGUCUUCUGUUACUCAGAUGCUUAGUCAUUCUUCCGCUAUCCCUCUACCUAAUAAAUUUAGGCAUGGUAGCUUUGGGAUCAUUGGAACCUUGAACAAUGUGGAAGGUGUUUCUGAUCCAAGGUCUAGAGCAAAAGUUCAACCCUUCAUUGCGAAGAUGCGGUGUUCCACUACCGGCAUCAUCAAUAAGAUACGUAGAAAAUGAGGUUAAACCUCUUAAUUGAUGCAACAGUGAGCUCACCUCAGCUGAGUUGUAGGACAAGCAACUCAACGAACUCUUGUUGUUAUUUGAUCAUGUUUUUUAUCGAAUUAAUCCAUUAUCUCAAGUCUUUGAUAAGGUUGUUUCAUCAGCACAGGUGCAAUAUUCUAGCAUUGACAU